ACUGGGAACUUUUGAAUUUGAGGCAUUUACUUGUUGGCCUGUGCUGUACCGAUUACAAUUAGGUUUUUUACGUCGGAAGGUCACUUAAAGGCAGAGCUCAUUUUCAUCCUUGAAAUUUUGUUGUGUCUGCGUGCAUUUGUUGAUGUUUUGUGUCAUUCACAAGCGCCAGCGGGGAGCACAUGUAAGACGUCCCGCUGUGACAAAGGGGCAACAAGGACUCUUCAAUAAUGAGGUAAUGUAGAGUAGGAGGCGAACGGAAAUGUCAAGACGGUUGUAGUAAUCCACGAUAGACCGGAAUGUGUGAAACGCGGCCUCCAAAGUAAAGUUUAUGUUAUUGGUUUGCUUGACGUUAUCCUGGUCAGAUUUAUACGCAGUCGUUUUCGCAGAUUAUAUGACAUUGUAUUGUAGAAUUUCUGUGCGUUUUGAAGUGAUUGAAUCACGAUUGUGUUGCCUUUACUUCAACGGGUGUUUUAUUUUGGAAUAUAAGACACAAGUCAGUCGUUUGAGCUCGACGGCGUAUGACCUUUUAUGCCGAAGCGUUGCAGCGGAUUCAAGGCCGCCUUGCAGGACACUCCACAGCCUCCCCAUUCAGAUAAAAAAAGAAAGCGAAGAAAUAAAAAGGCAAGAAAAGCUUCCAUCAACAUGAUGGACAUCUUCCGAGUAGAGAACGGGAGAAGCAGCGUCAGGACGGCGGCAGCCCCCCCGCCGGCAUAGCCCGGCCGGCCGGCGUUGCUAGCUCUAAUUUCAGCUACGAGAUUCGCUCGUAUUUCCCGGUCAGAUUUUCGAGGCAGCACCGGGGCGGAGCAGCCAAGCGCCUCCAUACAGUCAGCAUGCUAACGCCGUGAGCGGGGCUGCGGAUCGAGCCCAGACGGCAUCACACCCCGGAGCCGCAUGGACGCGCGCCCGCAGCAUCUGUGCCCGUGACGCGGCCGGGAUGCUAGCAACGUGGAAGUGUCUGUGACAUGAAGCUGUUGACUAAUGUCAUAUGGGUGCGACGCUGACUUUGUCCCCAUGACUGGCCGUGCGGCGCCCCAGUCCGGCGGAUGACACUCAGCCAGGUAGCGGCGGGCCCGGCUCGGGGCCGCCUUCCCCGGCUGCGCGAGUAGACAGACUGAAAGUGGAGCAGAAGCCAGUGAGCGCAUUUGGAAAUGGUGUCCCACAAGGUUCUCGUGGCCGUCCUCUUGAUCAACGUCUACAUCGGCGUGCAGUCCGUCCCGUGCUUGUUCGGUGGCGCGCUGCUGUUGGUGGUGUUCGCCUUGGCCUUCUUAAAUGGACCGCGGCUGCUGGACUGGGCGAGCUCGCCCCCGCACCUGCAGUUCAACAAGUAUGUUCUGACCGGGUACCGGCCCGUCUCCUCGGUGCAGGACUGCAUCAGGAGUCUCUUCUACCUGCACAACGAGCUAGGAAACAUCUACACUCAUGGCAUCCCUCUGGUGUGCUUCCUGGUGCUGCUGCCACUCAACAUCCCCUGGUCGCAGAUCAGCGUGACGUGGCUGGGCGUGGUGCACUUCCUGGCCUGCCUGUCGCCCCAGCUGGGUUCGGUGCUCUACCACCUCUUCAUGAACCACGAAGGCGGCGAGCCUGUCUACCACACCCUCCUCAAGCUGGACGUGUGCGGCAUUUGCAUGAUCAACACGCUGGGGGCGCUGCCGAUCCUGUACAGCACCCUGCUGUGCUACCCACUGAUCCGCACGGCGGCGUUGUCCGUCUACAUCUUGCUGUCCAGCUACAGCAUCUACUGUGCGGUGACGGCGCGCAGCAGCGUGCGGCGCCUGCGCUCCUUCGCCUGGCAGGCACUCUUCCGCUUCUCCUUCUUCGUGCUUCGCUGGGCGGGCGUGGGCGGCGGCAGCCCUACCUCGCUGCGCCACUUCCUCACCAUGGACGCACUGGCCGUGCUGGGCGGCGUCAUCAACAUUGCCCGCAUCCCCGAGCGCUUCCGCCCGGGCCUCUUUGACUACUGGUGUAACAGCCACCAGAUCAUGCACGUGCUGGUGGUGGGCUCCAUCCUCUACCUGCACUGGGGCGUCCUGGACGACCUGCUGUGGAUCAACAGCUACAACUGUCCCUCUGACUGAGGCCAACGUCACGAAUGUUGUCGCCCCUUUUACAUAAGCGUGCAUAUCAGUGACAUCACUGCACGCACUUUGAUUUUAACGUGAGCGCGUUGAAAGAAUCCACACAGCACAGUGACGUCACAUCGUUGCGUUUACGACUACUAGAGUACUUGACGUCUCCAAAUGGGACAAAAUGCAAUUUCCCAUCUUCCCCACUAAGUGGCGCCACUACAGCGGCACUGGUGCAAAGUCCAAUUCGGGCGCUGCGUCUGACUUUCUUGAGUGGAGUUGAAGUUUACCACUGUUAAAUAGUGACAAAAGAAAAAACAGUACCAAUUUGCAUUGCAAAUGCGAUUGGUGGCGUUGCUUAAAGCAGCAGAUUAGGAUUUUCAUCCUUUUCUAUAUCUUUUUUUUUAAGGUUCUUGACUGUCAUACAAGUGUAAAAAAAAUAUUAAGUGUACCGCUGUUAAAUAGUUCAAAAGAAGAAAACACUCUCAACUUGGAGGAUUCCUGUCACCAAUGCAAUUGAAGCUGUUAAAAGUAACUUAGAAAAACGGCAAAUAAGGGUUUUCAUACUUUUCAGUAUUUUAGCUUUUUUUUACUUAAACACUUUUGAUUGUCAGAUAAGUGUUUAAAAACAAGAUAUCAGCUCCAACUUGGGGAAUAUUUGGGAAUAUAUGCCUGAUUUUUCAAGUCACUUUUACAAGUUUAGAAAUGCGUCAACUGGAGAAAAUUGUCAAAAUGCGGCUCAGGUUGCUCCUUUAGGAAUGAUUGUGACCAAAAUUAAAAGAAAACGGCAAAAUAAGUGUUUCAAAUAAAAGAUUCCGCGCUUUAGUCCGGAUAAAGAUCCACAACCUUGCUAAAAAAUGCAGCAUAGAGCAGGAUGUUUUUUUUUUUUUGUACUGGUCUUGCUAGUGUUGCGUGUUGUUUGGGAUGUAAUGACAUCGGCAAAACCAGUACCAAAACACAACAAAACCAUGUUGCCCUGUGCUGUUUUUUUUUAGGGAUGGAAGAUACAAAAUGAUUUUAAUGUUGUUUGUUUUUAGUGCACUGUUUGUUACACUGGAGCCACUUCCCUGCACUUUUGUUUUGGGAUGUACGUAGAGUACAUACUCGCCAAAAAAAGGUCACCUUUCGUUUUUGUAUGACACAUGUCUCACUUUGCCAAAUUAGCACGCAAACGUUAACGUUUGAUUUGUCGCCACUGCAUGAGAGUCGUAGCAAGUUAGCUACCGGUUAGCCUCGACUUUCAUUUCUUUGCUCUCAAAGGGCUCAGAGUCCAUAGACCUAAAGGAAGUAUAUCAUGUAUGUAGAUUAUGUAUACAUCUGAGCGAGCAGUCCCACUUUUAGAGAGAAAAUGGACGCUUGUGCGAGUAAAUCUAUGCAUAAGUCAACAACGGGGAACAUGGACGCACGCUCUGUUCUUUCCCGCCUCUCAGGGUGCCGUAACGGUAGCGGAAGGCCAUGCCGAGGCAUCUGUCUGAUGAAAUCAUUGACUCUUGUGCCAUGUCGUUUGGCAAAGCGGAACCCGUCCACAAAAUGGCCUUCGGACGGCACCGCGACCCAACUGAGUUGUGCUUUUUAAAGAUAUAAUCGGAAUAUAUCACAGGUGUCGACUAGCCUGUUAGUUUCUCAAGGGAAAUGCUCUGUAGUGAUCCGAGUCUGGACAUGAUGGACUACAGAGGAGCUCAAGGUUGUGACGUUUCAUGGUCUGAGGGGAGCGUCGCGCCUACAAACUGUCUCUGCUCCAGUCUCGAUUGUGCAAUAAAUGGAAGUUUAUAUUUGUAAA